AUGCUGCCUCCUGUCCCCGUUCUCGCCGAUUACGGCCUAUCUCCCAGACAUGGCUUCUUGCCCGAGACCCUUCCAUUGACGCACCUACCCGAUCCUUACUACAACAAGUGGGAGGCCAUCGCGGCCAAUCUGCAAGCCCUCGUCUUGUCCCGUCGCCUCCGCAGCGUCAUCGACCACCUACCCGUCCUCUCUACCAUAGGCCUCGAACACGAAGCAGAAUGGCGCCGUGCGUAUUCCCUGCUCUGCUUCAUGGCCCACGCAUACAUCUGGGGGGGUGACGCGCCGGCCGACCGACUUCCCAUGGCCAUUUCUGUGCCCUUGCUCGAAAUAUCCGACCACCUCGAGGUUCCCCCCGUUGCGACCUACGCCGCCGUCUGCUUGUGGAAUUUCAAGCCCGUCUUCAUGGAUGAAGACAUUGACAACAUGGAAAAUCUGGCCACGCUGAAUACAUUUACCGGAUCCAUCGACGAGUCGUGGUUCUACCUCAUCUCGGUGGCCAUCGAGGCCCGCGGCGCCCCCAUUCUCGACUUGAUGCUCACGGCCAUUGCCGCGGCAAGAAAGGACGACGCGAAGACGGUGACGCGGUGCCUCGUUGGCUUCGCCGAGCUGUUGACCGACCUGACGAACAUCCUGGUUCGGAUGCACGAGAGCUGCGACCCGACCGUCUUCUACCACCGCGUCCGCCCGUUCCUCGCGGGCAGCAAGAACAUGGCCGAGGCGGGCCUGCCGCACGGCGUGCUGUACGACGAGGGCACCGGGGCGGAAAAGCACCGCCAGUACAGCGGCGGGAGCAACGCGCAGAGCAGCCUGAUCCAGUUCUUCGACAUCGUCCUCGGCAUCCAGCACCUGCCGACCGGGGAGAGGCAGAACCCGGCCUCGUCCGAGUCGGAGCCCGAAGCCGGGGGCCGCCACGCCGCCCCCAGCAGGAACAACUUCAUCCAGGAGAUGCGGCGGUACAUGCCGGGCCCGCACGCGCGCUUCCUCGCCGACGUCUCGCGGGUCGCCAACAUCCGCGACUUUGUGCAGGCCAACAAGCCCAACCGGCAGCUGUGCCUCGCCUACGACGCCUGCCUCGCCAUGCUGAGCGCCUUUCGAGACAAGCACAUUGCCAUUGUGACGCGGUACAUCAUCACGCCGUCGAGGGAGGCCCGCGCGCGCGGCCGCUCGCAGAGCAGGAAGCGCGUCAACCUCGCCGCCGCGUCGGCGUCGGCGGCCCAGGCAAAGAAGGGGCAGACGGGCACCGGCGGCACCGCGCUGAUCCCCUUCCUCAAGCAGGCGAGGGACGAGACGGGCGAGCCGGCCGUCGAGGAGUGGACGCGCCGCUUCAUGAAGAGGAAGCUCAAGGCCGAGUACCAGGCCGACGCUGUCUUUUCCAAGGCCGACAAGGGCGCUGUCGAGACGGACGUGGACGUCAAGGGGCUCGCGGGCUCGUGGACCAUGGAUGACGAGGGAGGGUUGGGGGCCUUGUCUCUACUCACUUCUAAUGCGGGUGUUUUUUGUUUUGGUCUUUAA